GUUCCAUGGCAGUUACAUGGUGCUCCUCUGUGGGGUUCAGUGGCCUGGAAGUCUUGGCAAGAACAUGAACUGAGAUUUUGGAUUGAGUCUCCUUCGAGGACGAAGACUCAACAGAAAGUUUGGCCAAUGGACAGCAGCACCGCCAUCCUCAAGAAGGCUGGUGUUGAGAAGUCGAAAAGCGUCCCCCCAGAUCAUUUAGUCCAGGAGAAUGGUCAUCUGUGCUUCAUCAUCUGCCUGGCUGGGUUCUACAGCUGUCACUGGAAGUGGUACCAGCGUCCAGUCAAGCCAGGCCAGUGUUGCUGUGGGAAGGGGGAGUGUAUAUAUUUUGUCCUGCUGCUUCUGACAUUCUCCAGCUGGUUCACCUUUCUGUAUAUGUGGGGGGAAGCAAAGAAUGACUACCAUAACUUUGAUGGGUUUGCCUAUGGAAAUUUAGGCUUCUGGUUUCAGUGGUCCACGUUCCUCCUAUUUCUGGCCAGCUUCUUCUUCUCCUACAUUUUGCUCUUACUGAUCGUAGCGUUGUGUCUAUUACUGGAAAGUCAGCAGUUAUACCUACACUGGUGUCACAAGACGGCGAUGUUUUUUUUCCUAUUCAUCUCUGCUAUCGGUUUAACCUUGAUAACGCUUUUCUGGAGACGGCAAUGGAAUACGUUCUACCUAUCAUUUCAGAUCACAGCUCCAUUUCUCCACAUGGGUGCCAUAUUCACCAUGACCCUCCUGGCUUGGCCAGUGGCCUUACAUUUCUUCCGGAUGGAAAACAGAGUUUUGCAGAUGUUGAUCCUCAGCCCCUACCUGGCUAUCCUCAUCUUUCUUUUCUUCAUUCCCAUGGGAAUGUACUCGCCUUGCAUCCGAGAGAAAGGCACUUUGGGGCCCAAACCAGCCCUAAUUGGCCACAGGGGAGCACCAAUGGUGGCUCCUGAAAAUACAGAAAUGUCCUUUCUUAAAACCAUUGAGUAUGGUGCGUCUGGUUUUGAGACCGAUGUCACAAUCAGCUUUGAUGGCGUCCCCUUUCUUAUGCACGACAAGACUUUAAAAAGAACCACCAACGUUGAAGAUUUGUAUCCUGCAUAUCUGACUGAAGAGGCUGCCAUGUUUCCGUGGGAAUACCUCGAGAAGCUGAAUUCUGGAAACUGGUUCUUUGAGAAAAGGCCGUUCUUUGGUAUGCCCCCGCUCUCACCUGACGAUCGAAAAUGGGCGAGGAGGCAGAAAAUUUUCAAGUUCAGCGAUUUCUUGAAGCUUGCCAACAAGGAGAAUAAAUACAUCAUCUUUGAUCUUUACCGCCCUCCGAAAUACCAUCCUUACCGGAAUAAUUAUCUUGACAGGCUGUUACAAGUGAUUCAAGAUGAAGCAAGGAUUAGACCUGACUUGGUCCUCUGGCUGUACAAUCCACAUCGGAACAUGAUUCUGCGAAAGGCUCCUAAGUUCCAGCAGACUGGAAGCUCGGCCCAGUCGAUUCAGUCGCUCAAGGAGAUGAACAUUGUGAAACUCAACUUGGAUUACCGAAAACUGCCCGAAAUUGAUAUUCGGAAAUAUGCAGAAGCCAACAUCACCAUCAACCUCUGGGUGGUCAGUGAACCAUGGCUGUUUUCUUUGGUCUGGUGCUACGGCGCUCAUUCCGUAACGACCAAUGCUGUGCACACCUUGGGGAGCAUCGAAGAACCUUACUUCCUCAUGACGCCCCAAGAGUACAAGACGAUGUGGAUCAUAACCAGCACAGUGUCAAUUCUUUUCAUCAGUGUCAUCUUUGGUAUUUUCUGGUGGAAAGCAGUAGGCAGAUAUCGUUUUAUAGUUGACAGCAGUACAAGCCUUGAAGGUACAGGUAGCUUGUACAGUAUAUUUAAAGCAGUAGAUGACAAAAUGCCUACGGUCGUCUAAGAACCUGGUCUACCAACUUUUUGGUGUAGAACGCCCUGUUGUCCAUCUGGUUGGAAGACUUCUUUCCCCCCCACAAGCAUGCUCCUCCAGGAAGCUGCAAAUCAGAGCAUCCGUGGAAUUGAAAAGGCACAUGGGAUACCGCGUGACUUUCCAAGGACAUCGUUUGAUAAUUUCAUGGCUUGGAUUUUAGUGGCUCCUUUGAACAGAAGAUUACAGAACCUCGACCAUUUUUUUUGUUUCUUCCAAGAAUAACACCUGCAGGCUUUAUGUUUUUUUUAAGGAGAGCCGAAUACGAGCAGAUUUUAACGGCGUAUCUCCCAUCCUUGUGUACCGGUGAAACUGAGGUGGUCUUGGGAAUCCUUUUGAAAUAGAUAUUCAGUUUCCUGCUUUUUUCAGAAGUGCCGAGGCUGCCUCCACGUGACCUCAACCACUGAGAGAUUUGGGGAAGGUGUUCCUCCUUCUGCGGACACCCCGUGUGACUCUGAGACCCCUUUAACUGGCCUGUGGGAAUGCGUUUGCUUGCACUGGCUUGGUAGAAAGAGGCCUGCAGCUGAUCCUUC